AUGGACUUAUUAUCUAAAAUUCAACAAGCAUACACUUCCUCAUCAGAAGAUGAUUAGCCUAUAUAAUCCAAACUUGAUGAGCCCUUAGUUGACUAAAAAGAAGAUUAGUCUCUUGUACAAACCUCAGCUAUAGACAUUAAUUUAGCUCCAGAUGUUAAUAUAACGGAUCUCUAGUUGUAAAAGUUCUCAAAUGAAAUAAACAGAUUCAAGACUGACAAUCAAUUAAUAACAAAAAACAAUCACCUUAACGGUGUAAUAGAACAGAUAUACCUAAAUGAGGGAAAGUUUCAUGAGCAAUAUCACAAUUUCGAGAAUUUUGGAUAUGCUAUAAACCCUAGUGACAACGGUGGUAAGAAAUUAGUCUACUCUAAUACAGUGAACAAAAUUGAUAUGGAUGCAGGUGUGGAGAACACACUUUCCAAGAGUCGCAAAGCCUAUAAAAAAGAACUCAAAAGGAAAAGACAAGCAGCAGGAGAUCCAGCAUCUGGAGAAUUUAUGGGUCCCUGGGCUAUUUACGAUGGCAUGGAGCAGUUCAAAACUCAGAGAGCUGACCUAGAUGAGGAACAAAAGGAAAUGAUGCAAAGGUAUGAGGAGAUGCGAAAAGAGAGAAUUGACGAACACAAGCCUCGUAAUGAUGAAGAUACUGAAGUCCACAAAUCUACAACUAUCUUUCACGGUGUAGGUGGGGACUACGGAGCUAAUAAGAGCUUUAUUGAUCAUCCACCUUAUCUGAGGAAUAAAGAGCAUGCUUGCUUUAUCCCCAAGAAAUGGGUUCAUACCUGGGUUGGACAUAAUAAAGGUGUUUAGAAAAUAGAAUUUUUCCCUAAAUAUGGGCAUUUGAUGCUUUCAGCUAGUCAUGAUAGCACCAUCAAGAUAUGGGAUGUAAUGACUCAUAGAAAGUGCAUGAGAACCUACAUGGGUCAUACUAAGGCAGUUAGAGACAUCUCCUUUAGUAACGAUGGCAGGAGAUUCCUUAGUGCGGGCUUUGAUAGAGUCAUUUAGCUAUGGGAUACAGAGACAGGAAAGGUUAUAAGAAGUUUCACCAAUAGAAAGACACCUUUCUGCGUGAAGUUCCAUCCAGCAGAUGACAAAUAGAACAUCUUCUUGGCAGGAUGCGCCAAUAAAAAAAUUUUACAAUUCGAUACCAAUUCCAGCGAAAUUACUUUACAGUAUGAGGAGCAUUUGGGGUCAAUUAACACUAUAACAUUUAUAGAGGGUGGUCGUAGAUUCGUUUCAACUGCUGAUGACAAGAAGAUAUUUCUCUGGGAGUUCGGGAUUCCCGUAGUAGCAAAGCAUAUCAGUGAACCAGAUAUGCAGGCUAUUCCAGCAGCUGUAAUGCACCCUAAUGGGAAAUAUUUCGCUGGGUAAUCGAUGGAUAAUAAAAUUGUGAUCUAUGAUUGCAAAGGAAAUUUCAAGAUGAACAGAAAGAAGAAGUUCAGUGGUCACUUAAAUUCUGGCUAUGCUUGUGGCCUUGACUUCUCUCCAGAUGGGCAAUUCUUAGGUUCAGGCGAUGCUGAUGGAAAGCUCUGGUUCUGGAACUGGAAGUCUUGUAAGAACUUGAGGACAAUGAAGGUUCAUGAAGGAGUUUGCAUUGAUGUGAAGUGGCAUCCUAUUGAGCCAUCAAAAGUAGCUACUUGUGGCUGGGAUGGCACAAUCAAACUAUGGGAUUGA